AUGAACAUCUUCAGCCAUGCAAAUCUGGGAACCACCGAGGAAAAAGGCGAUGAUGCAAAGAGAACGAUUCUUGCAGGGACGGAUAUUGUGGGAGACAUACUGAAGACAACCCUUGGACCAAAGGGGAUGCUUAAGAUGCUGAAGGGACAAAGCGUCCAUGUUACCAACGACGGGGCAUUUAUUCUCAAGAACCUGAUGAUCGACAGCCCGUCUGCAAGGAUAUUGAUCAACUCCAGCACUGGACAGGACUGGGAGGAAGGAGAUGGGACGACUUCUGUUGCAAUUUUGGCAAGUCUACUUGUCAAGGAGGCCAGCAAGCUGGAGAUGCAUCCAACGAAGAUCCUUAAGGGAUAUAGAAUGGCACAGGCUAGGUGUUCUGAAGUGCUGAAGAGAAUUAGCUUCAACCCAUCGAAAGAGGAUCUGGUCAAGCUUGCCAGGACAACACUGUGCUCGAAGGUUCUGAAGUAUGAUCUGGAGAAGUUCUGCAACAUCUGUGUCAAUGCUAUUGAGAACCUUGGGGGUAGGAACGACUUGAAUCUUGUACAGGUGAUCAAGUGUUCUGGGAAGCUCGAGGACUCAUAUCUCGACGAUGGGUUUCUUCUAAAGAAAGACGUCCGAAUAGAGGAGGUGAACGAUCCAAAGAUCCUGAUAGCCAACACCAGCAUGGAUCAAGACAAAAUUAAGAUAUUUGGGGCUAAGAUCAAUGUCAGCUCUGUGGGGGAGCUUGAGGAGAUGGAGAAGGUGGAGAAGGGAAAGAUUCAAGAAAAGGUGGAGCGGAUUUCCCAGAACGGGAUAAAUAUGUUUAUUAAUAGACAGCUUAUAUACGAUUAUCCUCUCCAGCUCCUGAAGAUAAAGGGAAUCCAAGCCAUUGAACAUGCAGACUUUGAUGGGGUUGAAAGACUCUCCAAUGUGCUUGGAGGAAAGAUACUGAGUACGUUCGACAGCAUGGAUGAAACAUGCUAUGGGACCUGCAAGAAUGUCAAGAAUGUUUACAUUGGAAACGAAAGAGCAAUAAAGUUUAGCGGGGUGAAGAGUGGAGCAAGCACCAUUGUCCUGUGUGGAUCAUCGAAAGAGAUGCUGGACGAGGCAGAAAGAAGUGUUCAUGAUGCACUAUGUGUUCUGUCGAAGAUAAAGCAGGAUCCGCGUGUUGUCUAUGGAGGAGGGUCCAGUGAGAUGGCAAUGGCAGUCGACCUAAACACUUAUGCCAUGGAGGUUCCUGGGAUUGAAAGUGAAGCCAUUUUAGCAUUUUCAAAUGCUUUGCAGCAAAUUCCAAAGAUACUCGCGGACAACGGAGGAUAUGAUGGAGAAGGCAUAAGGGCAAGUCUGAGGGCCGAGCACAACUCUGGUAAGACAAGCUAUGGAGUAAAUGUCCGUAGCGGAAGUGUUGGUUGUAUGAAGGAGUCUGGGGUUGUGGACAGCUUUAGAAUCAAGCAUCGUGUUGUUACUGCUGCAUCGGAGGCUGCACAAAUGAUAAUCAAGUGCGAUGCAAUUGUCAAGUGCAAGCCCAGAGAAAGAACAAGAGAAUAA